GGACACUGCCGCAGAUUUUCGGCAAUUUCCGUGGGAUCUCGGCUGGGGCCGACUGCUUUCGGUUGUAUUCGGCUAUCUCCGGCGGCCUCCCCGGUAACGGUCGCUGUGAGUUUAAAUGAGCCGGAGCCGCCCGACUGACGUCUUGAGAGCAGCCGAUAGGGAGAGAGGUCCCGACAGCGGGAGAGAACGCGGGAGGCCGGAGAAUGACGGUGCUGCAAGAACCCGUCCAGGCUGCUAUAUGGCAAGCACUGAAUCACUACGCCUACCGAGAUGCCGUGUUCUUGGCAGAAAGACUUUAUGCAGAAGUGCAUUCAGAAGAGGCAUUAUUCCUCCUUGCCACAUGUUAUUACCGCUCAGGAAAAGCGUAUAAGGCUUACCGGCUCCUGAAAACCCAUAGCUGUGCCACCCCGCAAUGUAAAUAUCUUCUUGCAAAAUGCUGCGUGGACCUUAGCAAACUGGCUGAGGGGGAGCAGAUUCUGUCUGGUGGGGUUCUGAAUAAACAAAAGAGCCAGGAGGAGAUAGUUACAGAGUUUGGAGACUCUGCCUGCUUUACACUGUCGCUGCUCGGCCAUGUAUACUGCAAAACCGAUCGAUUGGCCAAAGGAUCCGAAUGUUACCAAAAGAGCCUUAGUCUAAACCCUUUCCUGUGGUCCCCUUUUGAAUCAUUAUGUGAAAUAGGUGAAAAGCCAGACCCCGAGCAGACCUUUAAACUGACCUCCCUCCAGAAUUUUAGUAGCUGCCUGCCGAACACUUGCACAUUAAUGGUAAACAACCACAACGUUAUAUCCCACAGGCAAGCUGACACAGUAUUAAUGGAAACGCCUCAAGACACUAUAGAAUUAAAUAGAUUAAAUCUGGAGUCAUCCAAUGUAAAAUAUCCCCUGAACUCUGACUCCUCACUGUCCUACAUAGACCCAUCUGUUAUCUCCCCUGACUCAUUACACUUGGGGACAGGUUCCUCUAUCUUGGUAAAACAGGCUCAGAACAAACCAAAAAGUGGGCGCAGCCUGUUAGGGGGGCCAGCUGCACUGAGCCCACUCACUCCCAGUUUUGGAAUCUUGCCACUAGACACCCCUAGCCCAGUUGAUGGGUCAUACUUACAAACCUACAAUUCCUCUUGCGUCCUUGAUGUGCCAUCUUCUGGAACCCCUGCUAAAAAGUCUGUCACCAGAAUCAGCCAAGCAGGAACAAAGUCGGUGUUCUCACAGAGUGGCAACAGCCGGGACAUAACCCCUGUGCUUGUCGUACAGACUCAGGGUUCUGGACCUCAGACUAGCACUACACCUCAGGUACUGAGCCCAACUAUAGCUGCCCCUCCUAAUGCAUUACCGCGACGAAGUUCCCGUCUUUUCACCAGCGACAGCUCUACCACAAAGGAGAACAGUAAAAAACUGAAAAUGAAAUUUCCACCCAAAAUCCCUAAUCGUAAAACCAAAAGCAAAACAAAUAAAGGUGUUACGCAGGCCAACAUGAACGAGAGUUUAGAAAUUAGCAAGCUUGAUUCCUCAAUCAUCUCUGAAGGCAAAAUCUCCAGUGUAGGUCCUCAAAUCCAAGCACUGACGAUACAAAAGGCAGCAGCAGAAGGGUUAAUGAGCCUCUUAAGGGACAUGGGAAAAGGCUACGUAGCCUUGUGUUCCUAUAACUGUAAAGAUGCUAUCAACAUCCUGAGCCACCUACCGUCUCAUCACUACAACACAGGUUGGGUAUUGUGCCAGAUUGGCAGAGCCUAUUUUGAAUUGGCAGAAUAUCUGCAGGCAGAACGGGUGUUCUCUGAGGUGCGCAGGAUUGAAAACUAUCGAGUUGAGGGCAUGGAAAUCUACUCCACCACGCUAUGGCAUUUACAAAAGGAUGUCGCGCUUUCAGUACUUUCCAAGGACCUCACAGAUAUGGACAAGAAUUCACCAGAGGCUUGGUGCGCCGCUGGAAACUGUUUCAGUCUGCAAAGGGAGCAUGAUAUAGCCAUUAAGUUCUUCCAGCGGGCUAUUCAAGUGGAUCCUGGCUAUGCAUAUGCUUUCACGCUAUUGGGCCAUGAAUUUGUACUAACAGAGGAGUUGGACAAAGCACUUGCUUGCUUCAGAAACGCCAUCCGUGUCAACCCCAGACACUACAAUGCUUGGUAUGGUCUUGGAAUGAUUUACUACAAGCAAGAGAAAUUUAGCUUGGCAGAGAUGCAUUUCCAGAAAGCACUAGAUAUCAACCCACAAAGUUCAGUAUUGCUGUGCCAUAUAGGAGUGGUGCAGCACGCACUCAAGAAAUCAGAUAAGGCUUUGGAUACUCUCAACAAAGCGAUUUCCAUAGAUCCCAAAAAUCCACUAUGCAAAUUCCACCGAGCCUCCAUUUUGUUUGCCAAUGAAAAAUAUAAGUCUGCACUGCAGGAGCUGGAGGAGUUAAAACAGAUUGUCCCCAAGGAAUCCUUAGUUUACUUUUUAAUAGGAAAGGUCUAUAAGAAACUUGGUCAGACACACUUAGCCCUCAUGAAUUUUUCAUGGGCCAUGGACUUAGAUCCCAAAGGAGCUAAUAACCAGAUCAAAGAGGCCAUAGAUAAGCGAUACCUGCCAGACGAUGAAGAGGCUGUGACACAAGAGGAACAAAUCAGUGAGUGCUACCCAUAUGAAACAGUGGGAACGGAUGAGUCGCAAGAGAGCAGCAUGACGGAUGCAGAUGACACACAAUUGCACGCAGCUGAGAGUGAUGAGUUUUAAACCACUUCUCACCGGACAUGUGGCGCUGUGGUGUCUGACUGUUAUUACUCCGCACCACCCCAGCAUCACCCUUGCCUUCUCGGACGCCUUUCAUAGGCCGCCAUUUUGUAUCAUCAUCAUCAUCUGUCAUCAUAAUCAGCCAUUCCUCCUCCCUCCCCCCUUCCCGAUUUUAAAGUCCUGCAGCGAAUUAAAGACUGUGCAAUAUGUGGGUAGCACUCAGUUGGCUUCCUGCUUUUUUUUUCUUUUCUCCAGCUUUUGAGGCUCCUGCGGCUGGCAAGUGGGUAUGCAGUCCGGAGCCUCAUGGAUGUCCCGCAAGAAGAUAAUUAACAACAAGGGAGCACAAGAUUCGCUUCUAAGGCAUGCCUUCCAAGCGUAAACCUUCAAAUUGCUAAAUUCUUCUUUCCUGAGAACAGAUGUGAGAAGCCUUUCUGCUUGGAUAACAUUUAUUCAACACAUUGAUCUAAGGAUGAGGCGGCAUCAUGUCCUGACAAGCCUACAGAGAACCUGUAAUCCAUUACCCUACAGACCCUUUGACGAGUCCCCCUGUUGGCCCUCUUCACACCUGGUGCUUUAUUUUUAUUAAACAAGACCCCUACUCCCAAGACUUUUUAACUGAUAGGGUGAGACCCCCUCUGCCUGUGUAAAAUUUGAUUAGACAAUAACUUCUAAAUUUAGGGUUGCACCAAGAUGAGAUGACCUGAAUGACUAUAGCGCAGGAUUCCUAUAAAACAUAAAUGUGGAGAGUGAAAGCCAUAAUCUUCUAGACAUCCUCCCUAAUUUAUCAUGGCCUUUGCUUCAGAGAACUGGCUUCAAAAAGUCAGAAUUUUUUGCACAUGAAUUAUUCGCACAAACAUUGUGGUAUUUUUUUUUGGGGGGGGCAGAUUUACGCCACUCAUGUUCGGCACAUAUUUAAAAAGUGGGUGGGAUUUAACAGAAGGGGGACAAGGCUCCUCCAUGCACAGACAGAUUAUUCUAAUUUACGCCAUUCUCUUGUUCAAAUCUACACCAACUCGUAGCUGGCAUCGAUAUGAAUUUUUGGUGCAGGCAAGAUGCGACACAUUUGUUAAUGGGCCUGAGCAUCUAAAUUUUGUUCCAUCUUACUCCAGCACACUUUGGACUACUACUAGUGUUUCAUAAUGCCUAUCCCCUCCCCGGUUUUGUAUGUGGCAUUUUAGGUGUUUCAGCAGGUUUUUUUUUUUGGUUUUUUUUUUGUUCUACAUAGACUUCUCAUAAAUAAAAAAAAAAAAAAAAACACAUUACAAAUGGAACAAAAUAAAAAAUGCUACCACAACACCAUUCUGAAAAGGAAAGAAGCUCGCUGGAGUACGAUGUGCUACAAUUAAAGGGGUUCCCUGGGCUUUUAAUAUUGAUGACCUAUCCUCAAGAUAAAUCAUUA